UUACGUCAGACGGAAAAGACGCGGGCGCGCGGUGUUCGGUCGCCGGGACUUUAGCCUCUCGCGGUUCGUGCGGUUGCGCACGCAGAUCUCCAGCUUUGAAAUGCAGCGGGCUUUAGUGAGUUUCCCUUUGUCUCCAGCGGUGCGGGUGAAGCUGGUGUCUGCCGGCUUCCGGACAGCUGAGGAACUCCUGGAGGUAAAACCCUCCGAGCUCAGCAAAGGUAACGACUCCCGAUGGCAAGCUGAGGCGCCGUGCCCGCCGUCUUGGCCGCCUCCGCCUCCCGCCUCCCUCCUCCCGUCUCCAGGCUCCGCCCGAUUCCACUGCCGCCUGCCGCUGCGUUACACUGUGAAAGGGCUCCUUGACUCCACGUGCAGCUGUGCCACACUUGGCAUAGUCCACACAGAGCCGUUGCUCAGCCAUCUCACAGGGGCCACUACAGAGUCCAACAUGCGAUCCUGGCAAGAAAACAAGGCAGCGCGUCUUUGCUCAGUAAGUGGUGUUCCCAUAAAACUGGAAAGACGCUCUACGGAUUUAAAGGGAAACAAUUUAGUUCCUUCAAGUGCUCGCGCUAGAGACGUCACUGAUGUUUGGCGCACUUCAAAAGCAGCUAUCACUCUUUCUAAUAUUUAUUAUUUUCGUUGUCGUGACUACAUAGAGCUACCGGCACAAGUUUAUCUCCUUCCAGACUUCCUUUCAGAACACUCAAAGGUUCGAUUAGUGGUAGUGGACAGUAUUGCUUUUCCUUUUCAUCAUGACCUAGAUGACCUGUCCCUUCGAACUCGAUUACUAAAUGGCUUUGCCCAGCAAAUGAUCAGCCUUGCAAAUAAUCACAGAUUAGCUGUAGUUUUAACCAAUCAGAUGACAACAAAGAUUGACAGAAAUAAGGCCUUGCUAGUUCCUGCAUUGGGAGAAAGCUGGGGACAUGCUGCUACCAUACGGCUAAUAUUUCAUUGGGACCAAAAGCAAAGGUUGGCAACAUUGUACAAAUCACCAAGCCAGAAGGAAUCUACAAUUCUGUUUCAAAUCACACCUCAGGGAUUUAAAGAUGCUGUUGCUACCAUGUGUUCAUUGCAAACAGAAGGUUCAACAAAUUCCCGGAAAUGGGCAAGAGAAUCAGAGGAAGAACAGGAAUCCAAAGACUAG